AUGAAGUCAGAUAUUAUUACAGACGCGGAUUCAAACUUGUUCAGUGCAAGUAUUGAGCACCGUAUAGGAGAAGAGGACGACGAGGAGAACGAGGAGAUUGAAGAAAGUCAUAGACUAAGAGGUGAUUCGGAAACCAUUGAUGAGGCUUUACGUCUGUUAUCAAAUGCCUCGAGCUCACCAUCUGAACUUACCAAGAAGCCAUCCAAAGCAUCCACUGGGAAACGUAAAUACCACCAAAAAUCAAGACAUGGUUGUUCGACUUGCAAGAGACGCCGAGUCAAGUGUGACGAACAAAAACCCCUUUGUGGAAAUUGCGUCAAGUUGAGUUUGGAGUGUGGAUAUUUGCACAUGGAUGCCGAGGAAAGUUUGCCUCCAGCUAAGAAACCAAAGAAGGAAAAGUCAGAAUCGCAGCAAAAGAUGAAAAAGGUGCAAGUCAAUGCCAAGAGGAAAACUUCCGUCAAAUCUGAGGGAGAUGAAGGUGUAGCGAAUAACUAUUCGGACAAGACUUCAACGAGAAACAGCAGCAUUGAUCAAAGUUCUUUGGAAGGCUUGGAUUCUUCUACAGCUACUCAACAAGCAACUCCUUCCUUGACUCCAAGUCCAAACACAUCUCAGCCCAGUGUCAAUAACAAUACAAUACCCCUUAAUAACCCUAUGACCAGCAUGGGCCAGUCAAUGAACAACCCUUUGAGUGCGUUAUCAUCGGGGCUACUAAGUGCGGGAAAUUUGAACAAUUUAAACGUUGCCCAUUUGGUCAACAAUUUGGCAGGUAUGGGUGGAGAUACAGGAGGUGGUUUGGGAAAUUUAAUGAACCUUGGCAACUUGGCGAGUCUAUCGAACUUGGCAACGUUGGCACAAUUACCUAUUGAUUUGAGUAAUUUGGCUGGCUUGUUUGGUGGAGGUGGGGCUCCAGGGGUAGGAGCUGGUGCCACUGGUGCUGGUGUUGGUGUGGGCGCAGGAGGUGGUUUGAUUGACCAAUUAGCAGCAGCAGCUGUAAAUGGCAACACCGGUUUACUUUCGGAAGUGUUGUUGAAUUCACAACCGAGUCAACAACUACAGCAACCACGAGAUCAAUUGAAUCUGACACAGUCAAACCAACAACAAACUCAAUAUCGAUCAGCCGAAAGCCCGAGUCGACAGUUUCAGCAGCAGCAGCAACAGCAACAGCAAGACAUUGGCGAGGAUCCAAUAGACGCAGCUAUCAAUUUAAGUGCACAAGGAGCAGGAUCAGCAUCUUCACCACCUUUCAAUAUCCCUCCAGCCACGCCAUCUGAGUCGACACAAAAUCCAGGAACAUUACCCAACAUUGCCCCCAACAAUUCGCUGCUGAUUCCAUCGUCGGUGCCAUUAAAUAACCGAACCAUGGCACAAGCAAUGAAUUCGAGUACUUUAAAUAUGUUGGACUUGAAAUUAAUGUUUCAUUAUACUUCUCAAGUGGCAAACACUAUAACCGGUGCCGGAAUUUCCGAAACCAAUAUAUGGAUCCAUGAUAUUCCCAUGUUGGCAUUUGAACAUCCAUUUUUGAUGCAUUCAAUAUUGGCAUUUAGUGCUACUCAUUUAUCAAGAACGGAAAAAGGGUUGGACCAAUGUGUUACUUGUCAUAGGGGUGAUGCAUUGAGGUUAUUGAGAGAAGCAGUAUUGAACAUCAACGCUGACAAUACUGAUGCGUUAGUUGCAAGUGCAUUGAUUUUGAUUAUGGAUUCAUUGGCCAAUGCUUCAUUCCCUUCAUCAACCUCCCCAAAAUCUUUACCAGCAUCGGCAUGGAUAUUCCAUGUCAAGGGAGCGGCAACAAUCUUGACAGCGGUUUGGCCUUUAACUGAAGCAUCACGAUUUUACAAGUUCAUUAGUGUUGAUUUGGGAGAUUUGGGAGAUAUAAUUAACCAAAAGGCAAACUUGAAUAGGGCGAAUGCUAAUGGGCCCAAUGGCAAUGGCAAUGGCAAUGGUGAAAGGUUUUAUACUGAUCUUGAAUGCCACGAUGCUGAUAUUGCUGAUUUGUUUCCCGUUGAAAUCGACUCUCCUUAUUUGAUUACAUUGGCUUAUUUGAAUAAAUUACAUAAGGAGAGAUACAAGUCUGAUUUUAUACUACGAAUUUUUGCAUUCCCUGCCUUAUUAGAUAAGCAGUUUAUGUCGCUAUUGAUGUCAGGAGAUGUCAAGUCAAUGAGGAUUAUGAGAUCAUAUUACAAGUUGUUGCGUUCAUUUACCAUGGAAAUGAAGGAUAAAGUGUGGUUCUUGGAAGGUGUCGCCCAAGUGCUACCUCUGAAUGUUGAAGAGUACGCUGGAGGUGCUGGGGGUAUGCAUAUGAUGAUGGAUUUCUUGGGUGGUGGUCCAGAUAUUGUUGAUGAUUAUGGAAAUGAAUUUGAAAGCGAUGACGAGUCAAAUGGUAACGAUAACAAUGCUACCGCUGAUGAUACCGUUAAUGGUGAGGAUAAAAGCAGUAAUGGUAAUGGUGUUGACGCUACUGGUACCACUAGGCGCACAAAGAUUAAUUUGACUGAAAUGACCAAUACAAAUAACUUACCUAGUGAUAUAACUAGAGAAUUGGAUAUAAUGCAAGGAGACCAGGGGUUUAUUAAUUUGAAAUGA